AUGAAAUCUUUUACUUUAAUGGUCCUCCUUGCUAUGUGUUAUAUAUCCAAUGUAACUUCUCAAGGAGCUGGCCAGGUAUACUGUGGAAGAAGACUGGCGAUGACUCUGGCCAUGCUGUGUGACAAUAGUUUAAUAAAGAGGUCCGAGCCUCAGUACAUUCCCGAGAGCAGCUUCACGUUCCCAUGGAUCUCGUCUCAUCGAGCACACAGCAUGGGUCGGAGCAAGAGACAGGUGGUGUCCGAGUGUUGUGAUAAACCUUGCUCCGUGGACGAACUGCUGGCUUACUGUGGAUAUUAG